CCUCCUCCUCCCCUCCCCCUCCCGCCGCCCCGCUCGGUGCCGGUGCCGGUGCCCGAGCCCAGCGGAGCGGCAUGGCGGGCCGUGCCCGGGGGCCCUGCCCGCACCGCUGCCUGCCCCUGCCCGCACCGCUGCCCGCACCGCUGCCCGCACCCCUGGGGCUCUGCCUGUGCCUCUGCUGCCUGCUGCUGCCGCCCGCCGCCGGCUCCUGGAGCCCGGCCGUGCUGCAGCCCGCCGCCCGCAGCAACUGGUGCUCCUACACGGUGACACGCACAGUGUCAUGCCACGUCCAGAAUGGCACCUUCCUCCAGCGGGUCUUCCAGGGCUGCCGCUGGCCCCUGGCGUGUGGCGGGGGCAGCAGCUACCGCGCCAUCGUCCGGCCCAUCUACAGGGUGAGCUACAAAACGGUGACGGCGCUGGAGUGGAGGUGCUGCCCUGGGCAUGCCGGGGCCAACUGCGAGGAAGAGCCUCACACCUUCCUCGCCCUGCGUGACACCGGGCGCCCCAGCACUGCCCCGCGCCGGCCCCCCCUGCGCCCCACGGCUUUCUCAGGGUGCCUGAACUGCAGCCGUGUCGGCGAGCUGACAGCCCGGCUGGCCACCCUUGAGGCACAGGUGGCCCGGCUGGCAGUGGCUGAACCACCCCCCUCCCCGGCACCCCAAGGCAGCUCCCCGGGCAGGGGACCAAAGACUGGACAGCUCUGGGGAUCCCCAGCUGCCCGUGGGAGCCCCGGGGAUGAUGGGAGACCCGGUUGGCCGGGCCCCCCUGGCCCCAAGGGAGACGCAGGAGGACGGGGACCAUCAGGUGCUCCAGGGGUGAAGGGUCCAAUGGGGCCACCAGGUCCCCCUGGUCCCCCAGGACCCCCCGGCCGGGAUGGGGCCAGGGGGCUCCCUGGAGAGAAGGGGUUACCUGGCCCCCCUGGCCCCCCAGGACCCCCCGCCCCAGUGGGGCCAGUGAUACCCCAUCUAGCUGAGCCCAGGGACCCCCUCCUCUCCAACACCUUCCCUGAAGCCACCGGGGGCAUCGUGGGUCCCGCUGGACCCCCUGGACCUGUGGGGCCGAUGGGUCCUCCCGGCCCUCCAGGUCCCAUCGGGCCACCCGGCCCCCCAGGACCCGAUGGUAGAGCGGGGACCCCCGGAGCUGCUGGCCCCCCCGGGGAGAAGGGAGACAGGGGUCCCCAGGGCCCCCCAGGCAGCCGUGGCCAGGAAGGGGCACAGGGCGAGCCGGGGCCCAGGGGCGAGCCGGGCGACAAGGGCACUUGGGCCAGUAGCUUCCAAACCCUCCUGCGGCAGCAGGCCCGGCUGGAGGUCCUGGCUAGAAGGGUCACCUUGCUGGAAGCCAUCAUCUGGCCAGGAGACCAGGGAGCCCCUCUUGAACCAAGGGAGACCAUGGAGACCCUCUUGAACCAAGGGAAGUUCUGGAGCUCAUUGGACCAAAGAAAACUGUAGAGACUCUUUCAAACCAAUGGAGACCAUAGAAACCCUCUUGGAUUGAGAGAGGCAACCAUGGAGACCCUCUUGGGCAUAGGGGAACCCUGGAGCUCCCUGAGGAUCAAGGGAGCCCCUCUCAAACCAAGGGAGCCCCAUGGAGACCCUCUUGGACCAAGGGAGCCCCUGGAAUCCCCCAGAUCCAAGGGAGACCAUGGAGACCCUCUUGGACCAAGAGAAACCCUGGAGCUCCUUGGACCAAAGUAGCCCAUCUUGAACCAAGGGAGAUCAUGGAGACCCUCUUGGACCAAGGGAGAGCCUGGAGUUCCCCAGGGUUCAAGGGAGACCAUGGAGCCCUUUUCACACCGCGGGAGCCCCUGGAGCCCCUCUUGGACCAAGGGAGACCAUGGAAACCCCCUUGGACCAAGAGAAACCCUGGAGCUCCUUGGACCAAGGGAAACCAUGAGGCCCUUCUUGAAAUAAGCAAGACCAUGGAGACCCUCUUGGAUUGAGAGACACAACCAUGGAGACCCUCUCAAACCAAGGGAGAUCCUGGUGCUCCCCAAGGUUCAAGGGAGGAGACCAUGGAACCCUUCCCAAAGCAAGGGAGACCUAUGGAUAACCUUCAUGAUCAAGGGAAACCCUGCUGCUCCUUUGGCCAAGGAAGCCCAUGGAGUUCUCCAAGGACUGAGACCAUGGAGAGUCUCUUGGCUUGAGGAAGGCCUUGAAGCUCUUUGGACCAAAACAGUUCCUUGGAGCCUCUCAAGCCAAGUGAGACCAUGGACAAACUCUUGGAUUGAGAAGGAUGACCAUGGAGAACCUCUUGGACCAAGGGCAACCAUGAUGUUCCUCUUGGAGCUGCUCUUGAACCCAGUGACCCCCUGGAGCCCCCUUGGCCCAGAGGAGACUCUGGAUGCCUUGGAGGGUCCUGGAGCCCCCCAGGGAUGAUGGGAGACCCUGGAACCCCCUUGGCCUAAGGAGCCCCUGGUGCCAGAGUGCCCAGCGGGGGGCCCAGCAGGUGCCCCCCACCCUCUUUCCCCCCUUCCUGCUCCUCCACCUUCCAGCUGCGCUUUCCUGCAGGGGGGACGCCAGCUCUCAGGGUGCUGGCGGGGGGUGCCAGGCAGGGGUGCCAGCCAGGGGGGUCCUUGUAUGUGUGUGUCCCCCCAGGUCCCAGUGUGUCCCCACCCCGAGUCUCAGUGUGCCCCUCCCAGCAUGGGGGUCCCUGGGGGCAGCCAGAGCCAUUUCUGUGGGGCAGGGGCCCCCACCCAUGGCACCCGAUGCCGUGACUUUGGCGGGGGAGGGAUGUAUCUGUCACGCCCCCACUCCCACCACUGACCUCUCUCUCC